AUGUCAGGCUAUGGUCGAGAUUCUCGUGGUGCAGGCGACCAAUACAGCAGUGGCCAUUCAAAUAGUGAUCAUAAAUCAGGACGAGGUGGUGGUGAUCGACAUACAGAUGAUCAAAAUAGCGGACAAAAACGAAAUGAUUCCGAUUACAAUUCUCGUGGCGGAGUAGGUGGAGGUAGUUCACACAGGAUGAUAAAUGGCGACAAAAAACACUUUAUAUUCUCUGCAGGUUAUGGUAGUGGAAGUAGUAGUAGUUACAAUCGUGGUCGAAAUGAUUAUCAGAAUAAUAAUAGUGAUAACUCUGGUGGCAGUGGUGGAUAUAAUCGUGGUCGCACUAAUCAGUACGAUAAUAGUGGUAGUACAACUGGUGGUGAUGAUAAUCGUAUGGAAACACAACGUGAUACAAUUUUUAUUCAGAAUUUACCAAAAAACGUGACUGUGUCACAACUUAAAGAUGUAUUCAGUCAAAUUGGCAUAAUUAAAAAUGAUAAAAAGACAAAUGGACCAAAGAUUUGGAUUUACAAAGACAAAGCAACUGGCGAUGGUAAAGGUGAAGCAACAAUUACAUAUGAAGAUGAAGAAGCAGCGCAAGCUGCUAUCAAUUGGUAUCAUGGAAAAGAAGUUCUGUCAAGCAUUGUUCAAAUUUCUUUGGCCACACGACGUGCUUCAGCAUUCGGUAAUCGAGGUGGUUCUCGAGGAAGUCGUGGUGGAUUUCGUAGUCGAGGUGGUGAUUUCGGUGGCUACCGUGGCCGGGGUGGAGAUCGUGGAAGUGAAUAUCGUGGUAGUGGCCGUGGCGCAAGCCAUGGUUCGAGUAGAGACAAUCGGUCUAAUCCAUAUUAA